GCGAUUUCUGCUCUAUUAAAAUCGCAGUUCUUUUCUUCAUGCAACUCCAGUGUUUCAGGUAAAACCGUUCAAAAUGAAGACCAAGCAUCAGCAAGACUUUUGACUCUAGUCCAACAAGGGCAUGAUGCCGAAGAAGCAAAGGAACUCGAGCACUCUCAAAACCCGUCUACCGUCGUCAAGGCGGCCUCAAAUGACGAUGACGAGCUUGUGUCGCCGAAUGGUGAUAGUACGUCGUGCACAACCUCUGGAAUUCGAGCCGAAGCCGCAUUCUUUGCCAUUUUCGAUGGCCACGCUGGUUCAGGAGCUGCACUUGUUGCGAGUCGAUGUCUUCACGAACACAUAAAGUCUCGAUUAGGCGUAGUACUGGAGUCGAUCAUUCAACUGGAUAAAAACGAAACCCUUUUGUCCAGCAGAGCACGGUCAGACUCAUCCUACAGUAUCAGUAAGAUGGAUUCGGUGUCAAUUCGAUGUGAUGAGCUGGUUGUUGGUGCCCUAGAGGCGGCGUUUGUUGAUAUGGACUCACAAAUUGCUGAGGACAAGCAAACUUGGCGAAUCACAGGCGGUUGUGCGGCCAUUGCGGUUUUGGUAUUUCUUGGUAAAUUGUAUGUAGCAAAUGCGGGUGAUUGUCGUGCAGUACUGGUGACGGACGAAGGUUCACGAGCGCUCAGUUCUGAUUUUACGCCGGCAACCGAGCGAAAACGGCUGCAGACCCUCGCAUAUCAGAACCCCGAGCUCAUAGGGAAUUGCUUUUCCCGUCUCGAAUAUUCUAGAGCGUUAUCGAGGAAAGACCUGAAGACCAAAGUGCUGUUCAGGGACUGGUUUAUGGACGGUUGGGCAGCGAAAACGGUCAAGGAAAGCGAUUUGAAACCCCCGUUGAUAAGCGAUUGCACACGGAAGAGACGUCUCCUGAACACGAUUGGGGUGUCGCGAGGGUUUGGGGAUCACCAUCUGUUCACAGUCGAUGAUCAUCUACCGAUUAAACCAUUUCUUUCGUCAGUUCCAGAGGUGCGGGUGUUCGAUUUACGGAACCUUGACGUUUUGUCGGAUAAGGAUAUCCUCAUCAUAGCAUCAGAUGGCUUAUGGGAUGUGUUGAGUAACGAAGAUGCUGGUUUAAUCGUCCGCUCUUCCUUAUCGGCAACGGAACAAAGCGAGCAAUCACGAUACAGUAUGGCCGCUCAGGAGCUGGCAAUCGCUGCACGAGGUUAUCCAAGUGGAAGCAAUGGACAUCGAUGGACGAUGAACAGUGGAGGAAGUGCAUCUACUGAUGACAUUACUGUGUUCGUGAUUCCUUUGAAAUACUGCAUAGCCCCGCCUUCUGAAGAAGACGACGACGACGAAAUGAUAAGCCUUUGUGCAGAGGAUUAA